AGCUGCUGAAGUAAAGAUAACAACAAAUCCAGCGUUAAGCUCUUGAACUAGCUCACUGUACCAAAUUAUUAAGCGCAUUUCAUGUAAAUAAUAAGUCAGUUCCGUCACUGAAAUAGAGCUUCUUCUUUUUUCAACGUUCCAAGGUUGGUCUUAAUUGUUAACGUUAGCAAACGUAGCUAAAUGGAGCCGGAGCGGUCUGAGGGCAAAACGAUGCGGUCUGAGAAACACAGUGUCAACGACGGAUGGGUGUUUCUCACCCCCAUGGUCAACAGCUGCAAGUUGCACAAUACGACUGUCAAAUCACUAGUACCAGAGAGAGCCCAGAGGAUGACAGACUCUCAAGCUCUUAUAAAAGAAAAAAACAUGAACUCCAGCCAAACAAUGAAUCAUUCUAACCCAGAAACAAGGUUGCAUGCAUGCAACCAGAGAAGACUUGUCCAGACUCCUCCGGUGUCAUCAUUUGCCAGUGACUCUACAGAUUCCUCUGCACAUAAUCUUGUACCACUAGUGGGUGGUGCUCAAAGUGGUUUGGAUGCAGUUUCGUAUGCUCCACAAGAAGAUAGAGACAAAUCUGGAAGACCAACCCACAGUGCAGGGGCCACUUACUACCGUAACGCCUUAGACCUUCCCAAGCCAGCAGGUGGUUCUGGAGGACUUAAGUACAACACAGUCCUUGGUUUUCCCUUCACUCAGUUGCCUCAUGACAGUUUUGCAUCCAGUUUUCAACGAAUCGACUUGGACAGGCGCUAUCUUGAGGAAUGCCCCCAGCUGGGCGAUAUGGAUGAACUACAGCUUCUCAACCUUCAGCACAAUCUAAUCACAAUGAUCCAGCAUCUGUCACAUCUGCAACAGCUUGUUUUCCUGAACUUGUAUGACAAUCACAUCUCUGAAAUGACUGGUAUUGAAACCCUACGCUCUCUUAGGAUCCUUAUGCUGGGGAAGAACAGAAUCCGUAAGAUAUGCUGCCUGGAAAGUCUGUCCAAACUGAAUAUCCUGGAUUUGCAUGACAAUCAGAUCUCCAGGAUAGAAAACAUGUCUCACCUGAGCGAGCUGCGAGUGUUGAACCUGGCAGGAAACAACAUCUCCAGAGUGGAAAACCUGCAGGGCCUGGACUGUUUGACUGAACUCAACCUACGACACAAUUGCAUCUCUGUUGUGACUAAGGUGGACCGCCUGCCCUGCUUGCAGCGCCUCUUUCUCAGCUGUAACAACAUCACCAGUUUUGAUCAGCUAGCCUGCCUUGGAGAGUUGCGUUCCCUUUCUGAGCUCACCCUGGAUGGGAAUCCUGUAGCCCUGGAGACAUGGUACAAGCAGGCCGUCCUGCGCUGUGUGCUUCAUCUGAGACAGCUGGACAUGAAGCGCAUCACAGACGAGGAUCGGCGCAUGGCUGGUGUACAGGCUCGAAAAGAGGAGGAGAAGAAGAGGGAGAGUCACAAACAGACUAUUCAUAAGGAGAAGCGGCGUCUGGCGAUCCGUAAUGCAGCGCAGCAGUGGGAGGGCGUCAGGGCCUGCCUGGAGCCGCCACCAACAAAUGGUGCCAAAGAAGAACUUAGUCCAGAGAACAGCCCUGUCCACAGCCCUGCCCAGACCAAUGGCCUCACACAGGAGCCUUCUCCAGAUGAACCCAGGCGGGUAAGCCCAGGCUCAGGACCAGAACGACCAUCAGGUGGAACAGAGAGCAGACUCCGCACCAACAGCCGUCCCAACAGCCCGCGAGAUCCCAAGCUUGUGGAAACAGGGAGCGGCAGUGUUCAGAGCUUGUCCCUCUCUGACAGUCACCUGGCGGAGCUAGAUGGAGACACCCUGCGUUUAUUCGGACUUGGGGCCCUGGAGGCCCUGGAGAGGGGCUGGGGAGUUCAGACUGCUGGUGCUGUCACUGUAAUAACCUUCCGCUACAUCAACUUUGACGCCAUUGUACCAACACUGCCGCGGAUAAGGGUCAAGUUCCCCAAUCUUUCGCACCUGAUCUUCUUGGAAACCAGCAUCAGCCGUUUGCCCCAGCUGGCGGCACUGGCUCAGGUGAGGCGUCUGGACCAGCUGACCAUCCACCAAGAGGGCAACCCAGUGGUCAGUCUGACUCUCUGGCGCUCUUUCGUCAUCUACCGCCUCCACCACUUCAACCUGCAGAGGAUCAAUGGACAGGAGGUGACCAUGAAUGAUGUGAUCGCUGCAGAGCGUGUGUUUGGGACACUGGGGCAUAUAGCAGCCACUGAAACUCCACGUUGCCGGCUCCUUCUGCUGCUAGAAGAGUCCAGGAAGCGUCAGCUGCAAUUCCUGCUGGAGGGGCGUGGCCGGCGAGCGGGGCUGAGUCCGGAGGAGCUGCGAGACAACGGGAAGCUCCUGGGAGAAGGUCUGAGCAGAGCGCUGUUCAACUACCCAAACAGACACUGCAACGCAGAGAGCCCUGAGGAGGGCACCGUGGAGUCAUCGGAGCGUGCUUCCAUGGUAGAGCAGUACCUCCAGGAGUUGGUCCAAAGGGCAUCAGACACCAAUCUGAAGGGUGAGGCUCUACACAAGCUCUGGCCCUCCAUGUUUGCAGAGAUGGUGAGGGACUGUGUGUUGGAGAUGAGGGACCGAACGGCCUUUCGCCAAGCCGGCCUUGCAAAGCUCUCCGAGACCAAGUGAAGAGGACCAAAGGUUCGCUCUUAGACCACACAUGCACGCACACAUGAGGACUUAACUUUCCAGACGCCCCCAGGGCUUCAUCUCAAACUCCAUCUUUAACACAUCAUCACUUAGUGACUUGUCACUGACUAUCAGUUACUAAAAUCUUUUGAAAACUUAAAGGUGUAUUUCCCUAGUGUGAGGGAAGCUCUUUAAUAAGAUGGAUGUAGACUGUUGUCUAGAUGUCUGAAGAAAUUAUCAUGACAAAGGCAUCUUGAUUGAAUGUAGAUUUUCAGUGAAAACACACUGUUUGGUUCUUCAUUGCUUGGAGCUGUAACAUACUUGAAGAAAGUUAAAAGGACUUAUUGACUCACGGUACAUUGUGGUCCCUACGGAGCGUCCUCUGCACUUUAGAAGCCUUCUGAAUGACCCCUUUUCACCAUUACUGUCAUCAGCUGAAAAUGUCUCUUUUGUUGAGACUAGAAUGAUUUUUCUGUCUUAAAUCUUGUUUCAUGCAUCACACUCACUUUCUCCUGCCUGACAUAAAAAACGGCACAAACAAGGACAAGGACUUUUCUUUGUUUACCACUGUUUUUCUGUAUUGUACUUAGUAUUAAAAGAUUCUGUAUUAAUACUCA